AUGGUUUCGCUCGUCGCCGCCUACGGCCUGCUCCUCCAACCGACAGCACGUCGGCCCUCGCCACUCCGGCGGUUCCUCUCUCCGGUGCUCGAGGCGCCUGCGCCGCUCGCCUCGCUGCUCGAUCUGGCCGACGAGUACGACGCCUUUUUGCUCGACCAGUUUGGAGUCAUUCACGACGGCAAGACGGCGUAUGAGGGCGCAGUCGACGCCGUCUGCGAGCUGCAGCGCCGUGGCAAGAAGAUCGUCAUCAUAUCCAACAGCAGCCGCCGCAAGAGCGACACGCUCGCCCGCCUACGCUCCAUGGGCUUCGGGCCGUGCGAGGGCGAAGGCGCCUCUGAUGUCCCGCCCAUCUCGGUCGUCACGUCCGGCGACCUGGUGUGGGAGGGCCUCUCGGCCGCUGCGGCCGCGCCCUUCGCCGAUCUCGGCCUCAGGUGCACCGUCUUUGGCAACGGCGAGGACGACGAGGAGUACGUACGUACGUGCGGGCGGGUGGCGGUUCCGGUGGCGGAGGCGGACUUUGUGCUGGCGCGAGGGCUCUUCACGAUCCUCGGGACCGGGCCCGACCUGCUGCGGCAGCCCUUCUCCCCGUACAGCGCCGACGCCGAGGAGGAGGCGCUGCGGGCUGCGCUGGCCGCGCGGCCGGGCGGGCUGCCGCUCGUGGUCGCGAACCCGGACACGGUGCGUCCCGACGGCAAGGACUCGCCGAUGCCCGGCCUCCUCGCGGCGCGCUACGAGGCGAUGGGCGCGACGGACAUCCGGCCCGUCGGCAAGCCGCACCCGCUCAUCUACGAGGCGUGCCGCGCCCAGCUCGCCAUCGCCGGCAUCGACGCGGCGGGCGCGCGCGUCGCCGCCGUCGGCGACUCGCUGCACCACGAUGUGCUCGGCGCGAGCCAGAACGGCGUCGAUUCGGUCUUCAUCUGCGGCGGAGUGCACUACCGAGAGCUCGAGGUGCCUCAGGCCGCCGCCGUGCCGCCCGCGGCCGACAAGCUUGCCGCGCUGCUGGCGACCUUUGCUUCGGAGCACGGCGGUUGCACGCCGACUCACGCGCUGGCAGGGUUUCGCCUCUAG